AUGCGGUUCUGCUGCUGCUGUAGCCGACUUCCAAGAUUUAUUAGCCUUGGGGCACAGACUGGUGGCAGUGUCAUUCGCCCAGCAUCUUACACCGGGGUCUUCGCCAUGAAGCCGACUUACAAUACGAUUUCGCUCGAAGGGCAGAAGUCUUUUGCCCCUACUUUUGAUACAUUUGGCUUUUUUGCCAGAACUGCGGAGGAUCUGCAGCUGCUAGCAGAUAUUUUCGCUCUUCAUGACGACGAGCUUCCUCCGCAAGAAGAUAUACAAAUUGACCAAGUCUCGGUCGCUUUGAUCAAGACCCCCAUUUGGUCUCAAGCAGGACCAAGUACUAUCGAGGCUAUGGAACAAGCUGCGGCAAUUCUUCAGAACUCGGGUGCCCGGGUUGAGGAAAUCAACUUGCCCUCCGAGGUUUUGGAUGCCGGAAACCUUAGGCGAAUUCAGAAAAUUAUCACCAAUGCCGAGGCUCGGGUGUCCUUUCUAAGGGAAUACCGAGUCGGUAAAGCGGAACUGUCUCCUGAAAUACAGAACAUCGUCGAAAACAUUUCCAAUCAUACACACAAAGAGCUGGUGGAAGCCUGA